GCUCGGCAAGCUGGACCGCAAGGCCAUGCUCUUCCCCGCGGACGACGCGCUGCUCACCUCCGACUCCGCCGGCGCGGGCGUGAGCAUGAUGCUGAACCCGAACGCGGACCUGGAGGACGCCAAAGGGUACUGGAACUGGCUGCGCGCCAACAUGGUGGACGGGCUCUACUCGGAGCAGGAGAUGAGCGACGCGCGUGAGCUCAAGGACGUCAAUGGCCGCAAGAUGAGCAAGAUCGCCGUACUGACCCGCCUGCCGGAUCAAAGCGUUUGUGCGAAAAGAAGCUCGUCUGGCUGAUCAGCUUCGUAGGCCCUACGACUAUUGGAGAAAAUCUCGCGAAUCCCGUUCCGCAGCGAAAAUUGGAAUAUAAUCGGACGCGCGAGACGGGAUUCGUGAGAUUCGCGAGAUUCUCUCCAUCUAUUGUGUGUUUUCUUGGCGCUCUCAUGUGUCUAGAUUACGCGUUCCUGGGUAGAGCUAUCUGGGUGGAGCAACGCAUUAGUG